AUGUCCACCAUCGAUGCUAUCAUGUACAGAAAACGACGAUUCUACGUCGGAGCGCUCGCCAAAUUGGUUGGCAAUAUGGAAAGUGCUGAUCUGCUGCUGGUAGCAGCUGAUGGUCGUAAACUUCCAGCACAUGAAUGCAUACUGCGAGCACGAGCUCCAGGAUUCUACCAACGUCAUGUUGAAGCUACCGUAUCGGCAAUGGGCCGACAAGAUGGACGUCUCAGAGAGGUGGCCAUUGGCGACAUCGAUUCGUCCGGACUAGAGUUUUUCAUACACUCCGUGUAUACUGAAGAUGAGAUGGCUCAGUUCCCAUCUCCUAUCGAAGACGAACACCGUGACUUAUCGCGUGCGUCGAACCGAUCACUCGCAAUGGAUGAAUCCACGAACGAGUUGGAUUUUCACCAGAGAGGGGCGGAUGAGAGGUCGUUAGAAGAGGAGACACCGACCACCGGACGGCCGCCCCUCGGUGAUGUACUUGCGUCCGGAAGCUAUCCUCCUUCUCCCCGUCGAAUAAUGUCGUCAUCGACACCACUACAAAUGUCAUCAUCGGCUACAACAGCUCAUCAACCGAUAGCCUACGCUAUGUCAUCCUCUGGACCUCCGAUGAUGGCAUCCUCGGCUCCUGUGAUGACGUCAUUCAGAGAUCUGGCCAGCGGAUCGCCCAUGACAAGUUCCGCGUAUUCUCUUGGCGGGAGAAGCGAGGUCACUGAUAUACCGGAGGAAGAUGAGGAUGCACAUGUGGAAAGACGUCAAAGUCGAGGCGAAAGUAAGCAAUAA